AUGGGCACGUCAGUCACUGAGGCCGAGACCGCUGGAGGGCCAACCACUACUGUCGCCCAGCAGCAUCAGACCAAAGUCACGCUAAUUGGCAAGGUGAUUGCGAUUACUGGUGCCAAUCGCGGUAUCGGUCUCGGCGUUGCUGAGGCUUGCCUCGACAACGGCGCUCAAGUUGUCUACUCAAUCGACUACGCCGAACCAGGUGAAGAUUUCGCCGCAGCGCAAAAGAGAUGGCAGGGAAAACUCAAGGCGAUCCAAGCCGACGUCACAAAGGAGGCUACGGUCACAGCGGCGGUCGACCAGAUCGUUGAAUCAGAGGGUGCUCUUCAUGGCAUGGUGGUCAACGCUGGCCGAACAAACCAUAAAGCUGCUUUGGAUUUCACCGAGGAAGAGAUUCGUAAUCUUUUCGACAUUAACGUCUUUGGUGCGUUUUACUGCGCUCGAGCGGCAGCACGCGCCUUCAUCAAGCUCAACAUCAAGGGCGCUGUUGUUUUCACGGCAUCCAUGGCUUCAUACCGCCCGAAUAAACGCGUACCUUCAGCUCCCUACGGGGCAAGCAAAGCUGGCAUUCGAAACAUGACUCACACCCUAGCCAUGGAGUGGGCAAAGUAUAAUAUUCGUGUUAACUCAGUGUCUCCAGGUCUAGUUGAUACCGCUAUGACAUACUGGGUGCCGCAACAACCUGACUGGGAGCAGCAGCUCAAGUACUAUGGCGGUAUGCCCCGACUAGCUCAGAUCCAGGAACUGGGAGGUGCCUAUGUAUACCUCCUGAGUGAUGCUGCUAGUUAUACCACUUCGAUUGACAUUCCCGUCAACGGUGUCAUUGGUAGUAUGUUGCACGUCCUACCUCUCUAUUGGAAAUCGCUAAUCUGUUUUAAAGUCUGCUAA